UUGUGUGCGUGCGUGCAGACAGGUCUGUUGAGGGGGGCGUGGCUUGUAAACUACCUGAAGCAGGUAAGGUUCGGGUUACCUGCAACGCUUCAGUCUCUGCACAGUCCGCUUUGGAAGAACGUAAUUCAGUGUUUGCUGAUGAGUUUGUUCACUUAUCGAUCAGCCGAUUAGGCGCGCAGAGCGGAGAUCAUCCACCCGCAGGUAAAGGUCACAUGAUGUUGCAAUGCCUGGCAUAGACCUGCCCACCUCAGAACGCCACAGCGGCAUCACCCCAAACCCUGCAGGAAGUGAUGUUGUACCCAGAGAUGAAGUGAGUGACAUGGAGCACCUCCUGGAUCUGUACCAGUGCCGGCUUCCUGUCCGCUCGUCUCCAGUGGAGCUAAAGGAGGAAAUGCAGCGAGUCGACAGCAGCUGGAGCCAAGAUGGAGACCUGCAGGACUGUGGACAGUUGGAGAGGAGAUGGCUGCUCUGGCAUGAGUUUAUGAAGGAGUACGAGCACUUGGAUGCUUGGCUGAGAUUGGCCGAGGAGGCCGUCUCUUCCCCAAACUCCGUCCAUGUUACCUACCAGACCGCCAAGGAGGAAAUGAAGAAGUUUGAGAGGCUGCGGCGAGAGGCGGGGCCUCGCCUCAUCCAGCUGGACAGCCUGACCCGGAGGAAUCGAACACUAACUCGGCUCUUCCAGGGUACCAUGCAGGCUCGGCUGCUCGCAUCGGCGAGGGAUUGUGGCCGCCGCUGGGAUGACUUGAAUGCCAAACUGGAGUCCAUCACAGGCCAACUGCAGCUCUUUAUCUCAGAGUGGGAGGGGUUUGAUGCACAAAGGGAGGAGCUUGCAGUUUGGCUGGCUGACAUGGAUGUCCGCCUGAUUGAGGUUGAGCAGCUGACAGGAAACACCUGUGAAAAACUGAGACAGCUGCAGUCAUUUCAGGAGUGCGUGUGCGUGAAUUCGGGGCGUGUGAAUGCCCUGCUGCAGCGCGGCGAGGCGUUGAUCCAGCACAGUGUACCUUCUGACGCUCAGCACGUCGAGAGCCAGCUGCUGGAGCUGCUGCAGCAUUGCAGCCACGUCUACAACAACAUUGGACGAACACACACCCGGCUGCUCAGCAUGAGACUGGUGUUUGAGGACGACUGCAUUCUGUCCCAGGCUACAGACUCUGGUUGUCCUUCGGAGAGUCUUUUAGAAGACGAGGGAACAGCUGAAAAGCAAAAUGUGGACCUCCCCGAAUCUUCAAACCAUCCUAAAGACCCUCCCUCACCCGUUCACCAUCCUCCUCCUCCUCCAUCCUCUCCUACCCAUGAGACCCUGGGGCUGGAGUGGGACCCCUCAGUUGACAUUGGACGCUCUGUCUCCCGUGACGACGCCGACUCAUCAUAUUUCAGUGCCAGCACAGGUCUGAAGAGGUGGAGCUACCUGAGUUCCUUUGACUCUCAGUCUGACAUCAGCGCCGACAUCAGCGCCGACAUCAGGAACCAGGAGGGAGACUUGGAAUGGCUUGAUCACACUCAGCCGGGCUUCUUCUCGCCUGUCGCAGACCAACAGGAAGAAGCUCUGGGCUGCAGGGACCAGUGGAAGACCUCGACUCCUGACCGACAGGACGGCGAGCCGGUUGACUUUGACGGAGGCCGUGUGCAGGCGUGGCUGAGAGUCCAGAGCGCCGCUUUGCCAGAGAGGAGCACUUCCUGUUCGAAAGAAGUGCAGACUGAUGGGAGGCUGAAGAUGUCUCAGUGUUACAUGGAUGAAAACCACGCUGAUGCAUCCAACAGCAGCCAUGGCUGCCACGAUGACACACGCCGGCUUUCUCCUUCACCGUCAGAUGACCUGAAAUUAAAGGCCAGCUCUGAUAGGAUGAGGAACGACUAUCAGUCAGAAGCACAGGAGGAAGAGGAGCUGUACUGCUGUGAGGAACCCGAGCGUCUCGUCUCUGAACAAAGUGUUCCCCGUGUGACCUCCAGCAGCAGCGGGGCUGCCUCCUCACUCUCCCCCGCCCUCCUCUGCCUCCUCCUGGCUGCAGCACUGGUUCUGCUGGCCUGUCUGGCCUGGGUCUUCACGGAGCAGCCAUGUCACCGCAGCAACACAAUGGCCCGUAGCUUCCACCUGACACUGAGAUACGUCAACGGACCCCCGCCUACCUGAGUGCCGGUGGAAAUGCUUUCCUGAGGCUCUUCAUUACAGAGGUUUGCAACUAUGAGCAGUUCAAACAGCAAUAACUUGAAACAGGAGACCAGACAAAUCUGGGAACCCCCCCCAAAAAAUAACAGAAAAAGGAGGAAAAACAAAAACAGGUUUUCUGCUAGAAGAUGGAAGAAAGUCUGUAUACAUGAUACACAGGAAAUCUUCUCUGAAGUCUGACUUGCAGGGACCUCACAUACUGUAAAAAUGAUAUGGGAGAGGUUUAUAUAUCCAUGAUGAUGUGUCCUCAAACUGUGCUAAUGUUAAAAUGCAGCUUACAAACCGACAUCCCCCCGACUACAUGACUGUAUAUAAUUUUGCCAUUUAUAUCAAAUAUUUGUAUUAUUUUUGUACUUCAUAGUCCAUGUCUGCCCGUGACGGUACCUUUCUAAUUCACUUUGUACAGUGUUGCAUGUUUUACAGGAAAAUGCUUUACUUUGAGUGAACAUCAGCGUUUGUGCCCAAGCUCACCACCGAAAGUGACGUUGACAUUUUUCUAAACCACUUCAGUCUUUAAAGACUUUAAACGGGGCCGGGUUCUAUUUUUUGUGUGUGUAAUAAGACUUUAAACCAGAAGGUGGUGGACUGAGGUAAAGACGUCCCAACAAUAGUCAAGCUAAUCCGACUUAUUCUGGAUUCGUUAGAGUUCAUCUUUCAGAAUAGUUAAAAGAAAAUAUGAUUGAAAAGAUGACACAGUUUGGGUUUGACGGCAACAAUGAAAGCUUCUGGUCAACGUGCUGCCACCUUGUGGUGGAAUAUUUUCAUUAAAAUUUACAGAAGGUUUUUACAAAAAGUACCUUUUUUAUUUCUAAGGUUUCAGAUGACUUCUGUGAGAAUCAAACUGUAGAGCCCAUCUUUGGCCCUGUUGAGACCUGACAUCAAGCAUCUCUGUUGAUGUCUAAGUUCAGAGCUGUUCUCAAGAGGCAUUGAACCCUAAUUUCUCAGACCAUUUUUGAAGGUGGUCUGGGCGACACUGAAGGAUCACCUACACAGCUCGCAGCUCUGCUAGUCUACCGAGGUAUGUGGGGCCAGGUUGCAAACUAGGACCCGUGCAGGACUCUGGCAUCUGGUCUUUGCAAACAUAAAGACAAUGUAGGUUUUCAUUUAGGGAGAGAAAUCCUGGAAGAACUGGUCCCCUCAUGUUCUUGGAGCUGUGGAUGCACAUUAAUGAGAGGUGUGAACAGGGCCUGUGGAAGUCAACAUGACGUCUUUUUAACAGAGAGACGAGCUUUGACUGACCAGCAGUCAUGUUCUGCAGAGGUAUCUGAAGCGCUCUCACACAUUAGAAGAACGUGAGCAUGUUUGCAGUAUGAAGAGCUGUUUGAUGCCAUGUGUGAAUCAAUGUCAGCACAGCUUCCUAAAUGUUUGAGAAAAAGUCUUUUCUGUUCCUGUCAGUGAGCUACAUAAUUAUGAGAUGUGUUUUUUAAAGCUUUAAUGUGUUUGGCAAAGUAACUGUAAAACUGAAGUUUGUAUUGGUCGCCUGCCACCUUAUACAUUUCACUUUUUUAUACAAGAAUAAUUCUUGAUGUGUUGUUGAAUAUUUGAAAAGCCUUUUUGUCCAAUGAAAUGUCUUUUUAUAUAUAUAAAUGUGUAAAGAUUAAUAAAAAUUAAUUAAAUGAAAAA